UGACACAGUAGCGAUACGGGGCUGAGCAGACAUGGAGGCCCGAUUAACGAGAGAGGCCCGUGCUGACACAUCCAGGCCCAGCUAACGGUGUGUCGGGAAGGAUUUCGGAGCAUCUCGGGAGAUAUUACGGAUACCACUCGCUUGCUUGGAAGAUAAAAAACAAUGUGGCCACCACGUUGAUACUCACGAAGGGAGGACACGGCGGAAUAAUGUGAUCACCGUUUCUGGACAAUCACAGAGUUGAAGGACGGAGAAAGAGGGCUGGACUGCCGAGGAAGGGAGAGAAGCCAUCCCCAGUCAAGGAGAGCUUCACCCUAACUGUUAUCCCCCUUCCCCUUUCCCCCCCUUCUCCCCAACCCAUCCCCUUACAAAAACUCUGCCUGUUAACCACAACAUCCCCUACCCAGUAAACCUGCUCACCCCCUAAAUUCCUGAUGGAUACCAAGAUCCAAGGAGGGACUGCAACUCCACCCCCUCUUCUCUCAGGUGCCCAAACAGGGGAGAGAGAGAAGGAGGGAGGUGGGGGAAAGAAAGAAGAUGAGGAGGAGAAGAAGAGGGACAGAGAAAAGGAGGGAGCGACCGCAGUCUCUGCAGGUGCAGGAGCUAGUGGGCCAGGAGGUGCAGGUAGUGACCAGUCCCAUUUCUCCAUCAAAGAGAGCAGCCUGUCCGAGGGCAAUGUAAAGCUUAAGAUUGGCCUUCAAGCAAAACGCAUGAAGAAGCCCCCAAAGAUCUUGGAGAAUUACGUGUGCCGACCAAACUUCAAGGCCACCGUGAGGCAUACGGGGCGCGGAGGAGGCGGUUCUCGUGGAAACCGUGCAGGAGCGUCAGGGGACGGGCCGGGCAGUCAAAGCCAGAGUGCAAUACAGAGCAGGGAAAAAGAGAAGGAGAAGAGUGCAAGUGUCAGCAAACCAGCCCCAUCAUCUUCAUCAUCAACCCCCUCUGCUAAAGCUCCAACUCCACCCCCUCCUGCUCCCACUCCAACCAGCACUACAACCACAUCACAAGUGAAUGGGAACGUUCCAGCAAAAAAGGGUCCACCAAAGACGGAUAGCAAGUCUGACGCAAAGCCAGACACAAAAGCAUCCACAAACACAUCUGAGAGGCCCCUAAACCUUCACCGCCCUCCACCAGACAGCAAAUCACAUUCUUCUGGGAAGAAAACAUCAGCUUCACAACCCAACCCCCGGACAACUUCCCCACCACUACCUGUGUCACAGGAACCCAGCUUUGAUGGUGUGAAACCUCCUCAAUACACCUUCAGCACUGAUAGUCAGAGAGACAAGGACAAAGGUGUUCAAAAUUGGGGAGCACCCACAGUCACUGAGAAAUUAGCUCAACUCAUAGCAACAUGUCCACCAUCAAAGACCCCCAAGCCAGCCAAAUCUGGAAAGAUGGACUCAACUCCUCCUAUCCCAAGCUCUGGUUUUAUGGCCCCCACAGCCAAGCAACGAGACAGGGCUAUGGCCAAUAGAAACACAUAUUCGAGAAUGGUACACCUUUCUCCUCCACCUCCUGUUUCGCGACCACCCGGUCGGCCCUAUGGUUCUAGGAACAAAGACAGUGUUAUGGAAAAUUCACCAACUCUGACACCGCUGAGAAAGGAGGAAACAGAAGGGUCAGGGAAAGCUAGUAGUAGCAGCAGCACUAACAACUUAAACAACAGCAACAGCAGUAGUCGCAGCAGCAGCCCCGCACUCGCCUUUGGCAACAACCGCCUUUCAGCCAUGUCAAAGGACAGCAGCAGUGACAACAGCAACAGUGGCAUUUCAAAGACACAGUCACGUACAGCUCACUGCCCACCCCAUACCUCAUCUUCACCGCUAUGUCCCAUUUUGUCCUCUUCCACCGCCUCAGCUGAGCAGAGGACGGCGAGUGCAUUGAGUCACCUGGGCUCCCCUGUUCCCUCACAAGGGCAUCACGCACGAGAGAGUCCACCUUUGGCAGAGGAAAGCAGCGCAAGUGAGGUGGAGCAGGACAGAGACAGCCCCCGAGACUUAACCAAGUCCCCCCCUCCAACAGGAUCAGGAAAGUCUGAAGGAAAAGACAAGGGGGCCAGUAACCAGUCACUGCGAGGAGAAAGGGGGAAGAGCUCUAGUCCGAGUAAGCGCAGUCCCAAUCUGGAUGGAAGUCGUCCUGGUCGGAAUAGCAGUUCCCCUGAAUCUGUAAGACAAAGAGCGUCUUCACCGGAGCUAGAUGGUGAAGAGGGCCCACAAACGCCUCUAAGAGAUGAUUCUCCUGAUUCCUCUGUAGACUCUCCGGAAGAGCAGGACAGCAAACCCCUUAAAAAACGUAGGGGUAGGAAACCCCGCUGGUCCCGUUUCAUGAACAGGGCACAGAGUCAAAGAACAGAUCAACACAAUCCCUUCGAGCAGAGCAAUACCAUAUUGCCUUUAUCUUCAAGCUUAGAAGUCCAGUCGCCGCCAGUGAAACGACCUGUGGGCAGGCCUCCAAAUCCAAAUAAGGUCAAACUAAAUCCUGUGCCACAAAGUACAGCGUCACAGCUCUUUCCACCCCAGCCUAGGAAACGGGGAAGGCCAAAGUCUAAAAUGCCAACACUUGACGCGCCAGCCCGUGGGUGCCUCCCUAACAAGCUUGCUCCCUCAAGGGUCUUUUCAUCUUUGCUGAAGUCCAAAGAAGAACAGGACCCACCCGUUCUUCACCCAGAGGUGGACCUCAACCCCCCUAAACCAAUGCCUAGAAAGCGUGGACGCCCGAAGCGCCUUCCUCCUACCUUGCCCCAGGAGGGUCAGCCUCCCACGUUAGCUCCUGAGGCGGGGGACAUGGGAGAUAAACGAUUCCGCAACAAAGGAAACGGGCAGCUCAUCAUGAAAACUAUAAUAGGCAAGAUCAACAAGAUGAAGAGUGUAAAACGGAAGCGCAUUCUCAGUCAAAUAUUGUUAGGCCCAAGAACAGAGGAACCCCCUAAAAGUGUCACCAGCGGGGUCGUUGGCUCUGCAGAAGCUGCGACCCAGUCAUUAUCAUCCCUGGCUGCUUCUUUUGGGGGAAAACUAGGGCCACAAAUUAACGUCAGUAAAAAGGGCACAAUAUAUAUGGGGAAAAGGAGGGGCCGUAAACCAAAAUUGUCGAAUGCUUCAACCCCACCACCAGACCCCUUCUUAUCCCCAAACGCCACUUCCCCCCUCCAUCACCAUCAUUUACAGUCCCAGCAUCAUCAGCACCAGCUCUCCUCUUCAGAGGUCUUUCCCUCCCCCUCCCUCUCACAGUCAAGUGGAGGCCACAGUCCCAUCAGCGAUGCCAGCUUUGUGGAGCCCGGCUCUGUGCACUUUGCAGGUCACUCUCACUAUUCUAACCCCCAUCAUGGCCACAGCACGUUCUCCUUUCCUCCCCCAACCUUCUCAGCCCCUAAUCCACGCAACCAAGGGCUGAGCUCAUCAUCUAUGGCUUCAGCAGCUUCCCAGAAAAAGUCAUCUUGCCGUGGAUAUCAUCAUCAUCACCACCAUUACAGGCAGCACUACCAUUAUCAUAAGCUUUCCCCUCCCAGGCCGCUCCAUCCCACCUCCCCUGCCCCCCUCAGCGAGCUAAAAGAAGCCACUCCGUCACCAGUCAGUGAGUCACACAGUGAGGAGACGGUGCCAAGCGACAGUGGAAUAGGAACGGACAACAACAGCACCUCUGAUCGGGGCGAGAAAGCAGGAGGGGCAGGUGGAUUAGGUGGAAUCGGGAUGCCACAUGGAGUGGGCAGUGGAUUAUUAAUGCCAGGGGUCAUGGGUUCAACCAUGGGCCCGGGGGUGGGCCUCAAUUCCAGAGGCAGGCGGCGACACUCGGCUGUGCUCAUGGAACAUCCCUCUCCCUCUCCGUCACCUCACGGGGUAAGGUCGUCCCCUGAUCCCCGGAGACCUCACCCAGCAGCCCCCUCCUCCUCCUUAACAGGACACAAGGAGAAACAUAAGCACAAGUGUAAACGUCGCAGCCACGGGUGCCCCGGCUACGACAAACUAAAGAGACAGAAAAGAAAACGUAAGAAGAAGUACUUGCAGCUGCGUUCUCGACGGCUUGACCCAGACUUCCUCGCAGAGCUGGAUGAGAUUGUUGUGAGACUGAGUGAAAUACGGAUAGCACACCGAACCAUCGGACACCGGCUCAGUGGUGGAAUAGGCAUGGCGGCAGGAACAAGUAGAGGGCCGGGGGUCGGGAGCAGGGCCAGUGGUGGUCUAGGAGGCGCAGGUGGACCUCCUCCACAUCAUUAUUUACACAGGGACCUCCUUCCUACCAUCUUCAGGGUUAACUUUGGCAGCUUCUACUCGCAUCCUGCAUACUCCUGUGACCCCUUGCACUAUGUUCGUAAACCAGACAUGAAGAAGAAACGUGGGAGGCCUCCCAAACUGAGGGACUCUAUGUCAGAGGUUCCCUUUGUACCUGGGCUUGGAUUUCCUCUCUCAAGCGGAGGUUUCUACCACCCAUCCUACAGCGUUCCCUACUCCUCUGGGCCCCUGGGGUUGGGCUAUUACAGAGGCUUUCCCCCAGCAAGCGCUAUGUAUCCCCACCCACACCACCAGGCUCCUCAUACAGCCCCUUCCCACCACUCUCACCACUCGCCCUCUUUCCCCCCUCCUCCCCCAACAUCCUACAUGCAUCAUCAUCACCCCUCACAUCUCCUGCUGAACCCUUCCAAAUUUCACAAGAAAAAACACAAGCUGCUCAGGCAGGAGUACCUAGGAGGAGGAAGGUCUCCUGUCCUGUUCCCGCCAAUGUCCUCUGAGCUGUCCUUCAAUUGGCACCACAAACACAAACACAGACACAAACACAGAGAGCGUUGCGCCCAGGAGGACAGGGAGGAAACGGCAAGAGGAGGAUCAGGGAGCCGGGCUGGAGCAGGGAUUCCUGAAAGUGGAGCAACAGGGAAAGGAGAGAGAGUUGGCAGUUUAGGAAUGGCAGAAUCUUUACAGCGAUGCCGCUUUGGACGAGACAACUCCAGCCCCAGUGCCAGCAAGCAACCUGCUACAACUUCUGCCAACUCCCCUUCUUCUUCCUCGUCCUCAUCUGCAGAAAGGUACAAGCGCAAAGAAAGCUCCAUGUCCUGCCUAGGCCCCUCCAGACUCGCACUGGGCAGCAGCUCCAAAGGCCACCACCCAGUAGAGUCGUGGUUCAGGAUGGGCGGCUCUAAAGCAGACUACUCUAAACUUUCACGGGGUCAUGUUGCACCAGGCCAGGGUCCCUUCUCAGAUGGAAGGGCUGAAGACCCAGCAGGUUGCUCAGACAGCGAGGACGAGGAGCCCCUCACACCAACGGACGAUGUCGAGCCUGGAGCGCAUGAUUCUCCCAAUCUUACAAAUCUCUUUGCCUCUGCUCUAACCCGCACUACGCCGAAGGGGGGCAGGGGCAGAAAGACCGAGGUGGUUGCAGAGAGUUCCAGCUUCUCCCGCAUAGACCGGCCAAUGAGGAAGGACCGCUCAACAUCAGCAGAAAGGAGAGAGUUAGGGCCCUCAGGUAUCCAGACAAGAGGUGUUGCACUCUCAACCCCUGAAGGGCCUGAAGGGUCUCUGCAUCAUCGGCAGCAGCACCAUCACCAACCUUCCCUGUUUCACUCCCACAACUCUGCCUCCUCCUGCCUCUCCCCUUCACAGGACUAUUGCCUGGAUGCCUCCCUGUCUCACCACUCCCAUCGGGCACAGCCUUCCAAACACAGCCUGCACCACGUCAACAAAAUCCUGCGUGCCAAAAAGCUGCAGAGGCAGGCUCGCACAGGAAACAACAUGGUGAAAAAGAGGGGCCCGGGACGUCCCAGGAAACAUCCGUUACCCUCCCCGCCGCCAUCCCCACCCCCAGUGCCUGAGUUGAAUCAGAACCGGCACAAAGACAGAGUGGGAGAGCAGCCAGCAGGGGGCAGAGGGUGGGAGGGGGACACUGUGACUGAUGCUAUAGAGGCGGUGGUCCAGGGACAGCGUAAAAAAGGUCAGAAGAGGAAGCACUGGGAGAAUGAUGGGGAAGAAGAAGAAGAGGAGGAAGAGGAGGAAGAGGACGGGGAAGUAGUAGAGCCUGAGGAGAGACUGCCGGACAGGGAGGAGAUCCUGGGCAGCCAGGUGGCAAGGUCCAAAACAGGGACAGGAAUCAGCUGGCUUACCCCGGACGAGCUCCAGCAAUUUCAUGGGUCAACGGAAAGCAAGCCAGAUGCCCCCUGUUCCCCUGAACUUCCAGUCACCGCCUCCAGGGAAGAAGCUCCACCUAUGCCCAUAACCACCCAACGGGAGAAGAGACCAGCCAGACCCCCAAAGAAGAAGUUUCAGAAAGCAGGACUUUACUCCGAUGUGUACAAGACUGAAGACCCCCGGAGUCAGCUUCUGCAGCUAAAGAAAGAGAAGCUUGAAUACAUACCAGGGGAGCACGAGCAUGGAUUGUUUCCAGCUCCUAUACAUGUCGGGAAGUACCUGAGACAGAAGCGCAUUGACUUCCAGUUGCCUUACGACAUCUUAUGGCUGUGGAAACACGAUCAGCUUUACAAGAGGCCUGAUGUCCCUCUUUAUAAAAAGAUCAGAUCGAAUGUCUAUGUGGAUGUAAAGCCCCUCUCUGGUUAUGAAACAACUACAUGCAGCUGUAGACCUCGUGAGGACCAGACUGAAAAAGGCUGCCUGGAUGAUUGCCUGAAUAGGAUGAGUUUUGCGGAGUGCUCUCCCAGCACCUGCCCAUGUUCUGAUCUGUGUGACAACCAGCACAUCCAGAGACAUGAGUGGGUCCAGUGUCUGGAGCGUUUCCGUGCUGAGGGCAAGGGCUGGGGUAUCCGCACCAAAGAAUCACUUCGCUCUGGACAAUUCAUCAUUGAGUACCUGGGAGAGGUGGUCAGCGAACAGGAGUUUAGGAGUCGUAUGAUGGAGCAGUACUUCUCCCACAGUGGCCAGUACUGUCUGAACCUGGAUAGCGGCAUGGUGAUUGACAGCUACCGAAUGGGCAAUGAGGCACGCUUCAUAAACCACAGCUGCGAGCCCAACUGUGAGAUGCAGAAGUGGUCUGUGAAUGGCGUGUACAGAAUCGGUCUCUUUGCUCUCAAGGAAAUCAGCAGCGGCACCGAGCUCACCUACGACUACAACUUCCAUUCCUUCAACACAGAAGAGCAGCAAGUGUGUAAGUGUGGCUCCGAGAGCUGCAGGGGAAUCAUCGGAGGGAAGAGCCAGCGUAUUAACGGCCUGCCUCCGAAGACGGGAGGGACUCGGCGGCUGGGUCGACUAAAGGAGAAGAGGAAGUCGAAACACCAACUCAAGAAACGAGAGGAAGAGUCGAGUGACAGCAACAAGUUUUACCCUCAUCUCAUGAAGCCCAUGUCCAACAGGGAGAGGAACUUUGUGCUGAAGCACCGAGUGUUUCUCCUGAGGAACUGGGAGAAGAUGAGGGAGAAACAGGAGCUGCUGAAGAGAGAGGGCGAGCGAGAGCGGGACGCCAGCAGCCUCUCCAUAUACACACGCUGGGGAGGAGUCAUCCGAGACGACGGCAACAUUAAGUCAGACGUGUUCCUGACACAGUUCUCGGCCCUGCAGACGUCCCGGUCAGUUCGCACACGGAGACUCGCCGCUGCUGAGGAAAACACAGAAGUCACACGCACUGCUCGGCUCGCACACAUCUUCAAGGAGAUUUGUGACAUGAUCACCAGCUACAAGGAUUCGGCUGGACAGACACUUGCUGCUCCACUGGUGAACCUCCCGUCAAGGAAGAGAAACAGCCAGUACUAUGAGAAGGUGUCCGACCCUCUGGACCUGAGCACCAUCGAGAAGCAAAUCCUCACCGGCCACUACAAGACUGUUGAAGCGUUCGACGCUGACAUGCUCAAAGUAUUUCGCAAUGCUGAGAAAUAUUAUGGCAGGAAGUCAUCAGUAGGCAGGGACGUGUGUCGGCUGCGGAAAGCCUACUACAGUGCUCGUCACGAAGCUGCAGUCCAGAUUGAUGAGAUCGUUGGUGAAACAGCCAGCGAGGCCGACAGCUCGGACUCGCUGGACCGGGACCACGGCCACCACCACCACGGAGCAGGAGGGCCUGGCUCCCAUGACAAAGACGACGAUGUCAUCCGUUGCAUCUGUGGAAUGUACAAGGAUGAAGGCCUGAUGAUCCAGUGUGAAAAGUGCAUGGUGUGGCAGCACUUUGACUGCAUGCGGCUGGAGACAGAAGUAGAGCACUACCUGUGUGAGCAGUGUGACCCUCGGCCCGUCGACACGGAAGUUCCCAUGAUCCCCCAGCCUAGCUACGCCCAGGCUGGCUCCAUCUACUACAUCUGCCUACUCAGAGAUGAACUGCUGCUACAUCAAGGUGACUGUGUGUAUCUAAUGAGAGACAGCAGACGAUCACCUGAGGGCCAGCCUAUCAGACAGUCGUACCGUCUCUUGUCUCACAUCAACAGAGACAAACUCGACAUCUUCCGAAUUGAGAAACUCUGGAAGAAUGAAAAGGGUGAGAGGUUUGCCUUUGGUCACCACUACUUCCGUCCUCAUGAGACGCAUCACUCUCCAUCACGGCGCUUCUACCAGAAUGAGUUAUUCCGCAUGCCGCUCUACGAGAUCAUCCCGCUGGAGGCAGUGGUGGCAACCUGCUGUGUCCUCGAUCUCUACACUUACUGCAAGGGACGGCCUAAGAACGUAAAGGAGCAGGAUGUAUACAUCUGUGAUUACCGCUUGGACAAGUCAGCUCACCUGUUCUACAAGAUCCACCGUAACCGCUACCCAGUGUGCACCAAGCCAUAUGCCUUCAACCACUUUCCCAAGCGGCUCGCGCCCAAGAGGGACUUCUCGCCUCACUAUGUUCCUGACAACUACAAGAGGAACGGCGGCCGCUCUGCCUGGAAGAGCGAACGACCCAAAGGAGGCUGCGAUGACGACGGCUCUUCCUGCGAACGGGGUGAUGACUUCCCUCCCGAGGGAGAAGACGGGAGAGGAGUGGAGGAUGACAUGGACGGGGCGCCAGAGGAUCCUGAACUUCUGCCUGUCAAGCCCAGAAGAGCGGAACAGGAAGGGGAGGAAGACGAGGAUGAAGACGAGGAGGAGGAUGACGAGGAGGAAGGGCGGGACACUGAGGAGCGAAAGGAGCUGGAGGAGAGUUCAACAGAGAGGAUAGGAGAGAUGCUCGAGCUCCCGUCUUCCUCUGCCUCCUCGCCACUGCACCACCCGGUGCUGGGAAGGAGGGAGGCCCAGAGGGAGCGGCUCAACAAAAUCCUGCUAGAUCUGCUGCACAGAACCCCGGGCAAGAAUGGUGAGGGACCGGGAACAAAGCAGGGGGCCAUAGACGUCACGUAUCUCCUGGAGGAGGGCGCAGGGCGGCGACUACGGCGACGGACGCUGGGAUUCGGGGAUUUCGUGGGCAGAAAAUAACAUCCCUGAGUGCCUGUCAAGCACAUUGCCUUUCUGUUUUAUGAGCGAGGGGCAGAAAGUGGAGAGACAGCAAGAAGGGAAACAAGCAUUGUGGGUUAUCCGACCAUUUAGGACCACAAUGUAUCCCUGGGGGCCUCUUCCAGUUCACCUCUUCCAAGACUAUCAUCUCAACUCUGAGAGGGUGGAGGGGGUUUGGAAGUGCUGACUCCAUGGCAAUUUCAGCUUUUAAGAGUUCUCAAGGAGCACUAGACGAGAGCUGACCCAGACUUUUUGCUUAUUUAAGAAGUAUGAUGCAAAACCUGUUUUUUAAUGAACAUAGGAGAAAUAACCCAUGCACUUAAAUACAUUGAAUAUUAAAGACAUGGGCAGAUGAAUUCCACUAGCAAGCAACAGAAAUUAAACAAGUGGUACUGAAUAGGGACUGGAGGUUUCAGUCAGUAGGGAUGUGAAUGCUGGAGAACUGCUCCCCCUAGUGGGACCUAGCUGCAAUGACAAAAUAUAUAUGAGAUGAGAGAAGAGCUGCACCGAGAGACCGCAGGGGGGGGGGGGUGGGGGGGAUGGCAUAGGAGAAAUGCAAGUUGAGCAGUGUGCUCAGAUGCUGCUCAUUAGAGAGAGAGAGAACGAGGGCGAUGAACUGCACUUUGGUACCAUGGAUAUUGUGACGCUCUGUGUAAUGUAUCUAUAAUGAAAACACACUAACACUCUCAGUAUUGGAUGAUGAUGCAGUCUGAAAAAAAGCAAGUUAAAAAGUCUAUCUUUUCUUUUCCCUGUUAUACUGUAGUAAAUCAUGUAGGAACAGACGAGGACUUUGGGGUGUGUUUGUUUUUUUAGAGUAAAGGGAGGGGAGGGAAGAUAAAGUGUGCGCUUUUGUCAGUCAAAGUGUCUUGUUGAGGUUUUAUUUUGAUUUUUUUUUUUUCUUCUCGUGAGGCAGUCAGCUUCGCCCCUCUUUUUUGAAGUAACUUGAUUCACCAGCUUAACUAAAUCAGGCGUGCAGAGGUGGGGACAGCGGCUUUAACUGUAACGCCUUACACAGCCGCGCUCUCCUGACUGCCUUGUGUGCGAGUGUGUGCUCUCACACUUAUUGUGUGUCUGCCAGAUUUCUUGAAGAUAUACCUUUUUAAAAACAAAAAUCGAAAAAAAAAAUCAAGGGCUCGAUGGCAAUUAACAGUUUUAAGAAAACUAUGGAAAACAAUACUUAACAUGAAAUGUAUCGUGAUGGUCAUAUUUUCUUAUAUUCUGUGAGACGGGUGGGGGGUGUAUACUGUAUAAUGGGAGGGGAAGAUCGCUUUUUUGUCUUAGACUAUGUUCCUUGUUGCCAUGGAGAAUGUUUUAAAAAAGAAUUGUGAUAUUUGAUGAGAUUUCUUGUUAGUUUUUUUUCCCCAAAUGCCUCUGCUUAAAAGGGACAGCCUGCAAUGUCCCAGUGCAGCAAACUGACAGAGAAGAAAAGAGACAAGGAUGUGACACUGACAGAGGGAGAGAAGAAGAACGGGGAGGGGGGUGGGAUUGGGGGGGGGGGCACAGGAAUCUGUACAGUGCCAAGUUAUGUAAAUAUACACACUUUACAUUGAGGAGUGUCUCCAAAAGCAAUAUCUUGAAAAAUGGAUUUUGUUUUUUAUUGUACUGUACAGGACUCAGCCCUAAAUGUAUUAUGAUUAUUAUAAUAAUGAUAAUAUUGUAAUUUCUUCCGUUUGUAUUAUUAUAAUGAAGACACUUAAGCUCGGAGGAAACUGAUUUUUUUAAUGUCUUUAAAAUCUCACCUUAACUGUCCUGAUGACAUAAAAACUUAAGCUGAGUUUUUGGUUGCCUAUAAAUGAAAUUCAUUUAUGAACUGCAUGAGCGAGAAGAAUGUCAAACGGACACAGAAGGCAUCUGGACAUGACAGUGACUCAGCAACGACACCUUUUGUCACUGAAUAUUGUUAAUAAUAUAACUUUUAAAGGAGAAAUGUACUCCUUGUUUUUUGCUGCAAAGUGUUGAACACUAAAAAAACAAACCAACAUAAAAAUGUUAUGAUAUUUUUAAACAGCGAAAGAAGCAGAAUUUAAGCUGUCAGCCCAAUAUCAUGUUAUUAUUUUUGUUUUUUCUUUCAAAUAGGAAAUGGUUCCGUUUUGUGAUAGCAGUCAUUGUAUGAUGCUUGUACUUGUAUUUGUGUGUUUUUGUGUGAUUUGUUUAGUUAUUUUUAGACAAUCACAAAAUAAGAUGCAAGCAUUGUAAAUGGCAGACUGGCGGACGUUUUGUGAUGUGUACAGUUUGUCAAAAAAAAACUUCUUCCACUCGUUUAAAGUUUGUAAUUAUGAUUCUUAAGUCAUGAAAAUGAUGCUGUUGGUUUUUACUUUUUUGUUUUAUAUUUGUUUUUUUUGUUUUUUGUUUGUUUUUUUAAUAAAAAGCACUACAUUAUUGUGAAUACAA